AUGGCGACAGCACUGCCUCCUAAUGGCCCCCUGAAUCUUGAUGCUAGUCUGCAGGGGCCUCACUUUCAGAAGCAAGAGACCAAAGACUCCAACGCUCCUACACUCUAUGGCAAUGACGGCGAGAUUGAGGAUGCUAGACUCCUCACGCCUUGCUCUCCCGACACCCCUAUUGAGGAACUGAGAAGACGGUAUUGGCAUGAUGGUGUGCUCUGGGUUAAGGGCCUCCUCGAUCCCGACCUCGUCAACGACUUCCGCGCCGCAUACCUCUCCAUGAUGGACGACGGCACAAACAUGCUAAAACCCGGCACCAAUCCCCGCGACGGCAUCUUCAACCCGGACACAAACUGGCGCGACUUCACCCUCCCCGGCGCCCUCCGCGUCGCAGCCGGCCUCCCUGAUACGGGGCCAUUCGUCGAGAAUGCCAUUCGUUCACACCACUGGAGCCGAUACCAAGAGUUCAAGGAUACUAUCGGGAGACGCAUCGAACCGUUCAUUGGCAAUAUGCUUGGGUUUGAAGAGUCGUGGUGUUUACCUAGGUCGUUGCUAAGAUGUGCUGUGCCAGGUGGUGAGAUUACGCCUGUGCACUAUGAUCAGAUCUUUCUCAGGGCUGGACCGCCCACGAGUGUCACAGCAUGGGUCCCUAUUGGAGAUGUCGAAGUCGAGGGCGGUGGGCUUAUCUAUCUUGAUCGUGCGCAUGACAUUGGCGUCAAGUACGAGGAGGACUUUUCCAAGAUGAACGCUGACUUGUCUGACGAAGAGAGGAUGUCGGCGUUUAAUAAGAACAUGGAAAAGGGAGGAUGGCUUGAUAAGAACGCAUCAAGGUUUGGUAACCAAUGGUCCCGGGCAUGGCUCGUUGCAAGUAACCUCUCACUUGCUCUCUCUCAGCACUUCACUAACAAAUCACAGGGCGCAUACGAAGCCGGCGACGUGGUAUUCCACACACCAUACACGAUCCACGCCGGCGCAAAGAACAGGUCCCCCAAGGGCCGGGUGCGUGUCUCUACCGAUCUACGGUUCGUGGACAAGACUAAACCUUACGACGAGCGUUGGACGUUCCUUGCAUACUCGGAGAAUGAUCCCAAUGUGGCACGGAAGACGGCACUGAGGAAACAGGCUUGA